GGAAGACUCUGGUUUUCCCUAUGAGAAGUUGCAGCUGGUUGGGAACUGGGGUUCGUUUCAUUUCCAUUACUGGAAUAUCCAUUAUGGACGAGUGCAGCAAAAUGAAGAGGACAUGCAUCACCUGUGCAUUGUGAGGGGAGUGGAGAAGCAGCUGUGGUGGAGCAGAGUCAUCCAGGAAAAAAUCCUGGACCCAUGGGGUCUCGUCCAGGUGGUCCUCACCAACAAGAAGCUGACUGGUAUUAAGUUCCUUGGUAGAAGGAUCCAUGGACUCAUGUCCUGCCUUGUCAAGAGGAGGUCUGAGUUCACCUAUUAUGAGGAUGCCCAGCAGGUGGAUAUCUCCACCACAGUGGAGGGGUACCAGGAGAGGGGGGAUGAGAUGAUGGCAUAUCAGUUCUCCACCUCUGACAUCAUCACCACCCCUCAUGAGCCGUCCUCUGGCUCCUCUCACCAGUUCCCCCAGAAUUCUCCGCCUCCCCCUUUCCCUUCCGAUUCCCCUCCCAGUCCCCCUCCACCUUACCACUCCACCCAGGACCAGGACCAGACCCCUGACAGCACUCCUCAGGAGUUUGAGGAGGAGUUUGUGGAGGAGCAAAAUAAUGCUGCAGAUGUGCCCCAGUUGCGGCGUUACUUUGAAAACCAAGGGACAACCAACUUCUCUCUGAGGCUGGCCGGUAUCAGACGUGCUAUGGAGGCUCUGACAUCCUCAGACAGUACCUCCCUCAAUUACCUCACCCACGCUGGGAGGAUGGUGUUGAGUGGACUAUCCGAGCUCAACCAGCAGGAUGUGAGGCAGUUUCAGCAGGCCUACGACCUACUGGUGAACUUCAUUAAUGAGCCAGCAAACAGGGAGCGACUAGAGCAGGAGAUGGCUCUCGUAGGAAUCGACCGCAUCAACUUCGCAGAUGUUUUUUAUGAAUUCGUUCUACUAAGCCUUCUAGAAGGAAAGACAUCUCUUCCUAUAUCUAAGCCUGGUAGCUUCCUUUAUCUGCUCCUGGAAGUCAUAAUGAGGAUUCACCCUCCUGGAGGAGCCUGGACAGAGGCUGCUGAGAACUUCUACCUCCUCGUUAAGGGCCAGAUGAAGGCAUGGCUAGAAUCCAUCUUCAACCUCAAUGAGUCAAUCUAUGAAAGCCCAGAGAGGCUCUCGGGGGAGGUGAUGGGGAAUCUAGAAAUACAGGUUGAGUUCCUGCUGUCCAGCCUGGAUUAAGGUUCCCAAACUGAGCUGAGGGCCCCAUCACAAAAUAAAGUGUUUUGCAUUUAAA